AUGGUAACUCACCUGGAUAGGGAUUGGGGAAGAGAAGGAAUAGGAACUAAGAAUCUUCGUAUGAAGAUCGGUAUGGAUAUGGGAAUAAGGAUGGACGUAGAAUCUGGACCCUCAAAUCAUCGUUCAAUAUCAUCAUCUGUAAGAAACCGACAACAUCGUCAACAAUCACAUAAGGCAUUGUAUCAAGAUGAAAACGAUGAACAUCAAAGAGACCUGCCUCGUCGGUCUAAACGCAGACGAUCACAAUCAUCCAAAUCGUCAACAUCCGCUUUCCUCCCUCCAAUAUUCCUAUUACCAUUCUUAUGUACAAUUUCAGCUGCACCCGCACCUGCGCCACCUCCGACAAGGACGAGACGUAAUACCCCUCUUUCUCCUUCAUCCACUUCCGCCAUCACCCAACAAACAUCCUCCGCGACAUCGUCGUCUUACUCAAUAGCAUCAUAUGUCGAAGAUAGGAAAAUUCAAUAUCUCACUUCAGUCUCAACACCAUCAACACUUCCGACCAAUGUAGCCUAUGUAGACGAAACUGUCUUACCUUAUCUAUUAACUAUACAUGAGGAUGGGUAUUGGAGAAGGGCUGAAGGUGGUUGGAGCUUAUAUGGAAGACAAGUUGCUAAUCCAACCGUCGGUCCGAUUCUCGCAGAUGAUGACGGAGAAGCAACUGCUACCGGCACGGAAAAUGCUGAAUCCACAAUUACUCAUCCAUCUUAUGCUGUAGAGUCUGUUUUACCAAACGGAUGGGGUAUAUCUUCUAAUCGAACCAGCAUAUACAAAGUUCCACUCAUAGCAAUAGCAAGUGUUGUCAUUGCCAUGGGAAUUGUGGCAUUGAUUAUAUUUAUCGUGAUCAGCCGAAAAAAGAAACAUCGUAAACAGAAACGUGCCAAAGAAAGGUUACGACGAAAAGCAUUAGCAGCGGCUGGAAUCAAAGAAGAAGAAUUGAAUUCAUCCGUAGCUGAAGCUGCUUUCAAAGAAAAAUUGGCUGAGUUGGAGGAUCAACACUUGGCGAGAAAGAAAAGGAAUGGUCAAAUCAACUUCUCAAAAGGAAAAGUUAGAGUAUGGAAUCAACGUUUGGGAAUGAGAAAGCGUAAAGGGAAAGGAAAAGACAAACAAUAUGCGAAUGAUUUGGUAGAUCAAGUGGAGGAAGAAAAACCAAUCGACGGUGUAGAUGAGAUUCAGCCAAGCUCUCCUACUAGUAUACUGGAUAGGGAAGUCAGUCGGCAAAGUGGAGAUGAUCAGGUAGUAGGGGACGAAAGGGGAUCCGGAUCAAGGAGAUCGUCCCUGAGCUCCUCUAGAAGAACGGACCGGCUCGAAACAACAUCACCACAGUCUCCUGCAACCGAGGCAGAAGCAUCAACUGCAGCUUCGGCAGCUGGAGUACCUUAUUUCCCACCAGCUUACAGACCUGCCUCGGUUCGAUCAUUACACCGCCAUAACUCUGCUGCAGCAUCAUCUGCUGGCCCUUCGCAACCCAUUGUCAAUCAUGAUGUUCCAACAGUGCUAUCCGGUGUGGAGAAAACUCAAGCUCCAGGAUAUUACCCUGCACCAGCUACAGAAGACGGCGAAGUCGCUCUAGCCGUAGCAUCGAGAAGUGAAGGAAAAGCAAGAUUGAUUGAUCCUCCUCUACCUGAAGAAGAAGACAACGAAGAUAGAAUGAGGCAUAUAGCUACAGACGAUAAGCGUGUUCUUGAACGAAUGAGACUUGGGGCUUCUGCGCCUCCCAAUAUCGUUAGAUCGGAACCUGAAGAAGGAGACGACAAUACAGGAGAAGGACCUUCCGCUCCAACAGUUCAGGUUGAUGAUCAAGGUUUCGAACAACUUGAUGAAUCUCAACUUCAUGUUCCAAACGAUAUUCCUUUACCGUCACCUACAUUGACGGAAGGCGGUUUCUUACCCUCUCCUCCCCGACUAAAUACUCGCCUAACUUCGACUUUUGACGGAAUACCCACUUCACCAUCGAUGAUGAACUCCGACUCCACUCAUUUACUCCCUUCGGCGCCUCCUGCUGCUCCUCUUACGAUAGACGACAAUGUACCGUCCGCACCGCCAUUGCUUGAUGAAGAUGAUGAAGAAGAUGAUGCGACGCGCUUGGCACCUGUUUUCCAGAUAGGUGAAGGCGAAGAUGAUUCACUGAACUCAUUACCAUCGGACGAGCCUACCACCACGGAAGAUGAUCACCCUCAUGUAGCAAAUGAUGAGGAAGGUUCGAGUGGUAACCAUCUAGACUCAGAAAGCAGGGUGAACGAAUCCUUCUCAAACGCUCUUCCACUACCAUCAAAUUCAGGAACAGGUGUGGUCUUUUUACCUCGUUAUGAACCAUAA